AUGCCAGAGAUGACAGACCCGAAGCAGAUGAGAGAAGCGACAAGGUCGUACUUGGGCAAGAAAGAAGCUUACGGGCCUCUCUUGGAGAAGCAGGAAGCCAAGACAGUGUCUGGUGGCACGGUGGCUUUUUGGCUGGUGAAUGUUUUCAGCUUGCUGGAUGGGAUUUGCCGUGCCGGUGGUGCUUUCUACGAUUUGCUUCGGAGCUGUGCAGAGAAAGCCGGCGGAAGAGCACUCCGAUUCGCGAUCUACUCAGACGAGGUAAUCCCAGGCAAUGUCCUUGCAGCCCGAACCUCGAGGAAGAGCUGGUGCAUCUAUCUCUCAUGCCUAGACUUCCCUGCUCAAGUGCUUGCGAUGGAAGAGGCCUGGCUCACCAUCGCACUGCUCAGGAGCUCUUUUGUGGCCUCGCUGGAGGGAAGCAUCAGCCAGAUCUUCAAAAUCAUCUUUCGCAGUAUCUUCUUGCACUCUAAGCAUGACCCGGCGGCAGGUGUUUGGAUGCAGGGGCCGAAGGGCGGGUUUCAUUUGUCAUUCGAGCCAAGCAUGGUAAUACAAGACGGGGCAGCUCACAAAUUCGCUUGGAGUGUGAAAGGUGACUCGGGUUCGAAGUAUUGUUUGUUGUGUGGCAAUCAGCGAGCCGACAAUCGCAACGAAGAGAAGAUCCCCAAGCAUGCACAUGCUGCCUUGCAUUUGGUUUCGGAUGACGAUAUUUGGGAUUCUUGGUCGAGGCUCGCCGACCUGAAGGGCCGGUGUUCAGCCAAAGACUUUGGCAUGUGGCAGCAAGCCACUGGGUGGACCUUCAACACAGAAAGCAUUUUUUCGGAGCCUCUGCUGAGGAGGGUGGUCAAACCAGCAACAAUGUUCGUGCACGAUUGGAUGCAUUGCUGCUUGAGUAAUGGAACAUUGAAUGAUGCGACCUGGUUACUUCUCAGUGCCACGAAGGACCAUGGCUUCAAGGAUGUUUUUGCCACUCUGGAGAAAUACGUGGAUCUGUGGACACAGCCGGCUUCCUUCGCACACGUCAAGCUGAAGCAAGUCUUCGAGAACAAGCGGAUGAAAUCCUGUAGAGAAGCGGGGAAGUUCAAAACGACAGCUUCCGAAAUGCUCAGUUUGCUGCCGGUCCUCGCCUUUUUCGUCCGAACCUGCAUCCUUGACAAAGGCUUCCUACCAUCCGAGUGCGAAGCUUUUUUGCAGAUGUGCCUUAUGGUGGAACUAUUGCAGGCCGCCUGUCAUGGGCAUGGUUGUGUGAUUCCAUCCAUGUUGCGAGAGGCCGCCGACAAGUGCAUGAGCUCUUGGUUCGAAACGGGCUGGGGGGAGCACGUAACCCGCAAGAUGCACUGGUUGCUGCAUAUGGGUGACCACUAUGAAAAGCACAAGAGGCUGCCUGCUACAUUCAGCAUGGAGCGGAAGCACAGGACAAUCACCAGAUAUGCAGCAUCCAUCCAGAACACCAGCACCUUCGAGCGAUCCCUCUACGAGGAAGUGCUUGCCCAUGAGCUGUGGCACUUGGAGAAGCUGCCCGAGUUUCCGGUCGCCCUCGCUCUGGAAAACCCACGGCAGAAGCCCCCCCCCAAGCUGAGGGAUCUGGUGCUCCAGAGCUUCCCACAAGUCUCCAAAGAUGAGAUGAAGAUCGCAACGAUCCUACGGCUUCCUGGUGGUGGGUUGGCAAGCAAGGCAGACGUGUGUUUGCUGCAGGCAGACAAAGGGCGGGACCCUCCUUGGGAUUGUGCCGAAGUUUUUUGCCAUGUUUCCGUGCAAGGCACAUUGUGGUCCGUGGUCUCCCUUUGGAGCUUGCAGGAGUACAACAAGGACAAGCACUGUGCAGUGUGGACCGAGAUGGAGCAGCCUGUGAUUAUCGAGAGCAAAGACAUCCUGACAGCGGUUGGUGUCGGGGUGUCAGCCCUGCCGAACUGGGCCGAAGGUGGUGGCCUCGCCGGCUUCCACGGCGGCAACCUGAAGCACAACAUCGGACUGUGGCCGGCCAAGGAUGUGUGCAAGGUCUUCCCGACCGAGGAGUACGAAUCCCAGGCGUCCCAAUGCACUAAGGGUGCCUACACUGCCAGCUCGAUGAGUCAGAUCGACUGCACUGGCAUGGGUGGCACUUACACGGCCCCUGUCAUGGCCACUCGCACCGUGACUACCUGCAUCGGAAACAACGGGAACUGCUGUGUGCAGUACGAUGACAGCAAGAAGAUGUGGCGCGACUCCCUCAUCAUCAUCCUGAAGACGCCCUACUGCAUCGGCACGCUGCUGGCUCUGUUCCUGCAUUUGCUGCUUCCCUUCGAGAUGGAAGAAGAGGAGGUGGCCGAAACCGUGCAGGAAAAGCCUUCCGCCGGAGAGCUGUCUGCUCAGCAGAUCGCUGUAGAGCCUUUUCUCCAGGUUUGGUUCGAGUUUCUCUUCGGCAGCUUGCUGUCCGGCAAUCAGCUGGAGGAUUGGAAGACUGUGAACCCUUUCCUGUCCGAGCAGGAGCUCCAGCUGCUCUCGGACCUUGCAGCUCUUACCAUGCUACGCUCCAAUCGCUUGGGUUUGCUGAGCCGCGCCUUGGAGGAGCUUAAUCGCGUCCGGAUGGAGGUGCAGCUGCUGGAAUCUGGCACACCCCUGGCAGACAGGCGGUCACGGCGUGCUUAUGCGCCAAGCGACUUGGAAGGUGACUACGAUCCGCGCUUCCUGGCGUUCGAGUUUACUCGAAAUAUGCUCCUCAGGGACAACCAGGUGGACCUCGUCAGGGAUUUCGUGACAAGCCUGGAAACUGCUAAGAAGGAUGCUGGCGGUUGCAGCGCCAUGGUGAAGCAGAUGAUUAUGGGGCAGGGCAAGACCACCGUUGUCUGCCCUUUGCUGGUGCUCAUGCUUGCCGAUGGGAAGCAGCUCGUUGUCCUCGUUGUUCCUGGUGCCCUGUUGGACAUGUCUCGCCGUGUCCUGCGAGCCACCUUCGCUUCCGUCCUGACCAAAAAGGUGGGUACUUUCGAGUGCGAGAGAUCCUCCUCCUUUGACCCACAUCUGCUGCGGAAGCUGGAGAAGGCAAAGACUUCGGGCGCCGCAGUUGUAACGGUGCCAACAUCAGUGAAGUCUCUGAUGCUGCGCAUGAUUGAGCUCAUGAUGAAGCUCCAGACGAAGGGCAAGGAGGCCGACACCAGCGUUACAGAGACGCGGUCUCAGGUGCGGCAGCUUUCGAAGGCACUUGCACUUUUCCGCCAGGGCGCUGUGCUCAUGGAUGAGGUGGAUGUGGUGCUACACCCGCUGAAGUCGGAGCUGAACUUCCCCUACGGCCCCAAGGAUGCGCGCAUGUGCGACGGACGGCUUUCUAUGCAGGAACCUCUGGACGGUUCCUCCCCUCGUGCUUUCCGCUGGGCCGGGUAG